AUGUCGCGCUUCCGAUUACCGCCGAUUCUUCGACCGCGCCUGACGCCCAAAUACGUUGCCUCCUCUAUUGUUGCCAUCUACGUUGUCUACUGCUGGCUGUGGGGAAUGCCUUUGUUGUCUUCGAACCUCCCCGCAUAUACGGGGCCGCAUUCUGUUGGCGUGAUUGAUAUUGAGAGUCCUUGCGAUGGCCGAAAGACAAGCGACGUCAAAUUCAAGUCGACGGGCGAACCUGCAUUCUUGCUUGAAACAGUAUUGUUUUCUGUAUACUACCCAGCCGUGAAGGGAGCAAAGUCUGAUAAGCCGAAACAUCUUUGGGUGCCUAAGCCGCUCUCAAUCACAGCAGAGGGCUAUGCGAAAUUCGCCCACAUCAGCAACUUCCUAACCAACAGUAUUUUCACCGUCGCACUCUGGGGUAUCGCGGGCAGCACUGCCAUUCAAGCGAAUGUCGAUGUGCCUCUACGAGAAACUGCGCCCAGCUUCGAAUUCACCGAGCAUGGAGAGGGCAAGCCAGAGGUAGGAAACGAUGGUUUCCCCGUGAUUGUCUUUUCCCACGGCAUGGCAAGCUCUCGCACAGACUACACACACUUCUGCGGUGAGCUUGCUAGUCGAGGAUAUGUCGUGGCUGCUAUCGAGCACAGGGAUGGUAGCAGUCCCGGAAGCAUGGUCAUGAACGUUGAUGGCACCGAAAGGUCAGUGUAUCACUUCGGCCUCGGCGAUUUGGAUGUGGACAACAGCUUCGACACGCCUGAGCUCAAGCAAGCACAACUGGACUUCCGCCAAGCAGAGAUUGAGGAGACUGUUCGGGUGCUGCGCGCCAUCAACGACGGCAGUGGCGCCACUAUUCUCGAAAUGAACCCUCGCAAGGAGGGUGAUGACCUGCCCAACUGGGAGAGGAAACUUGACAUGACCAACGUAACCAUUUCUGGCCACAGCUACGGCGCCACAGGAGCUCUACAGGCCUUGAAGGGCGCGCCUUGCCCAGAACGACCCUUCCAUGGUGGUCUUAUUCUGGAUCCUGGCAAGUCGAGCGGCCCUCUCAACCACGACAUCGAUGUCCCAAUCUUGAUCGUUCACUCCAACUCAUGGUCGAAGAAGCACUCCAUCUUCUUUGGUCAGCCUCAUUUCACCGUCGUGAAAGACCUUGUUAUGGAUGUCAACAAGCGUGGAAAAGCGGCUUGGUUCAUGACUUCCUUGGGUACAUCACAUCCUUCAGUCACGGAUGCUCCUCUAAUAGAGCCCACGCUACUGAGCUGGACAACUGGAUCGACUAUCGAUGUAAUAGACGGCGUGAGAAUGUACGUCAACGUAACGGAAGAGUUCAUGCUCUUCCAAAAGGCACACAGGCGGACAGGACUGCUCGCUCUAGAGGUCACGCAUCCCGACUACGACAGUACCUCUAAUGGCACACAAGAAAUGCCUGAGCUCUAUCAGCGAUUUUGGCAAAUUCAUGUCGCGCCAGAUUCAGCAUGA